AUGUUCAGGAAUAGCGCCGUGAAUUGUAACAGUAUUGAAGACAUGGACCUGACGUACUGGACCGAAGCGGGCUCGUGUACAAUGAAUGGCGUUUCGUUUCCGUUGGGUCACACGCGGCGCAUCACUCCCUGCGUUUCUUGUACCUGUACCAGCUACGGGGUACAAAGUUUCUAUGACAAGUCGUUACUUUCUCGUCCGCUUCUACAACCCGAAUGCCAAGCAAUUCGUGUCGUGGAUUGUCGUUCUUUGCUCAGCGAUUACGAGCUUUCGGAUAUAUUGUUGGACGCUGCUUGUUCAAUUCAGUGCUCUCAUGCGCUUAGAAGCAAACAGUCGCUGCCCUAG